CGCCACGCUCGCUUCCGCGGACGUCGCGCAGGAUGCGCCCCGGCCGUGGUGAUCGCGCUCUCGGGCGAGGUAUAAAAGUGAGGGUUCCUGGUCGCAGCAGAGCAGACGCGCUCGCCGAGAGAGCGCGCCACGGCGACGGGCUGCGGAUCGUCGUGCACGGUGUCGAGGCCGUCGGUGCUUGUGCUGCAGGGCGAAGGUACGCAAAUUUGAGGUUCAGGUGGUCCUGGCGUCCGCUGACGACGGGCGACCUGCUGUAGCGCGUCUCCGCGGGAGCCAUUCGUCCAACACGCGGGUGAGAAGGAUUCGCGUCUGACGAGCCUCGUAGAUGGCUGUGGAUGGUGGGCAGCGGGAAGAGAUGCUGCGUCGCACGAUAGAGGGGACCGUGUGCUGUAGGUGUAGGAUCGCACAGGACGACUUGGGGGUUGCAUUGGCGUGUGUGACCUGCACGUCGCGCGAGAAAGUGCACUGCCGUCCGUCGCUGCGAGAUACCUGCGGGCGGGCGGUCGAUGCUUGCAAUCGGGGAGGGUCGCGUGCAGGUUGUCCAGUGUGCGUCGCGCAAGUGGAAUGUCGGUCAUUGUCAACAGCGAUUGCGAGAUGUCUGCAAAAGCGCGUGGGCGCGCGUACCGUCGUACGUAUGUACGAAUGCGGUCCCGUGCGUCAAUGCAACUGUCUGAGCUUGUUUCGCGGGCAUGGGCCCAGUGUGUUACGGAGCAUACCGCGGCUGGGGGUGGAGUCAAGACGCGUAACGGACGAUGGCAGCGCCGGGCACCGUCGAAAGGCAGAUGCGGGGUUUUGCUACUUGCUGGCGAGAGGCACAAAAAGACUGUAGACGACGCGUAGAGCGUGGCGGGCGCUCUUGGGUAGCGUCGCACAGAACGGCGUGUAGCGAGCCGUCCCACGCACGGGAUCGCUCCAAACGACUGGGGGGUGCACGGCGGGAUGCUAGGGCGUCGUUUGGCGGAGCCAUUGCGGGGUGCAGAGGGCGCAUUGGGCGCGGGGGAAGGCGGAGGCAAGUCGGAGAUGGGAGCUGUGUGGACCCGAGAAACAGCUAAAAGGCGGCGUUGGGGGUGUCGACGGACACGUCUCGGCUGCGCGCAUGAGCGCAGGGCAGCGGGACACGGGGCCGGAGCGCAGGGAAGGGAAGGGCGGGGGAGCAAGACGGCAGCGGGAUGGAGACAGAGAGAGCAGCCAGCGAGAGGAGGAGGAGGAGG